AUGAAAAGAGAAAAAAUAAUAAAGUUUUUAUUAUUAUCAUUUUUUUUAUUAAUUGCUUUUAAUCUCUUCAUUAACUAUUCACCAAAAAAUCAAUUAUCUUCAAAUAAAGUCCAAGAAAAUGAUCAUCAUAGCAAUAGUAAUAAUAAUAAUAAAAAUAAUGAUCAUAGUAAAUAUGUAAAAAUUCAAACAAUUAAAGAUAUUGAAAUUAAAGAAGAAAAAACAAUUAAAAAAAUUGAAGAGAAUAAUAAUAAUAAUAAUAAUAAUAAUAAUAAUAAUAAUAAUAAUAAUAAUAAUAAUAAUAAUAAUAAUAAUAAUAAUAAUAAUAAUAAUAAUAAUAAUAAUAAUAAUAAUAAUAAUAAUAAUAAUAAUAAUAAUAAUAAUAAUAAAAAUAAUAAUAAUAAUAAUAAUAAUAGUAAUAGUGAUAAUGAAAAUAAUAAUAAAUAUAAUGGUAGUAAUAUAAUAAUAUAUAAAAAUAAUAAAAUUAAUAUUAGUGAUAGUGACCAAAUUAAAUUGGAUGAAGAUAUUAAAAAAGAUUUAAAAAUAAUUGAAGAAUUGGUAAAAAUUGAUUUGGAAAUAAAACUUGAUAAAAAUAAAACAAUCAAUCAAAUUAACGACACAAAUUUAGAUAGUAAUGAUGAAUCAAAAAAUAAUAGUAGUAUAAAUAAUGAUAAUAAUUUAAAAAAUAAUAACACAAUAAAUAAUAACAAUAGUAGUGUAAAUAAUGAUAAUAAUUUAAAAAAUAAUAAUAACACAAUAAAUAAUAACAAUUCUACAAUAAAUAAUAGUACUAUUAUAAACAAUGAUAAUAACUUUAAAAAUAAUAACACUAUUAAAAACAACAGUACCACUAUAAAUAGUAAUGAUAAAACCAUUAAUAAUAGUACCACCACUACCACUAUAAAUAAUAAAAGUAGUAGAAAUGAUAAAAAUUUAAAUAAUAGCAAUUCUACAAUAAAUAAUAUAAAUAACAAUAAUAAAACAACUAAUACUAGUACAAUAAAUAAUAAAAACAUUAAUAAUAAUAAUUUUAAAAAUGAAAGUUCAAUAGUUCCAAUAAAAAAAAAAAGUGAUAAAAAAUUAAUAUUGGUAAUGGAUAGAAGUUUAUUUAGAGGAGUUUCUUGGAAAUCUGGUUUUAAAAAGUGCCCAAAACUGAAAUGUGAAUUAACCUAUAAUAGAACGUUGAUUGAUGAUGCUGUUGGAGUUUUAUAUUUUUUACCACGUUUUUAUAGAGCAAAAUAUAAUUAUAGUGAAGUUUCAAGGAAGAAUUCGCGUCAAUUAUUUUUUGCAUGGACAAUGGAAUCACCAUCACUUUAUAGUUAUCAAAAUAAUAUGACCUUCUUAAAUUCAAUGUUUAAUGUUACUGUUGGCUAUACAAGAUUUGAUUAUAAAACACCAAAUCAUAUAUAUACUCCAUAUGGUCCAACGCCAUUCAAUUCAAGUGAUCAUUACGUUUAUAAACAUGCCAUUAGAAAUGUUACGACUGUGCCAGAGAAAAGACCGAAUCAUAUAAUGUGGAUGUGUGGUAAUUGUAAUAAGGAAACCAUUGGUAGAACGGAUUUAGUAAAAUCAAUAAUGAAUUUAACUCAAAUCGAUUCCUAUGGAACUUGUUUACAUAAUAAGAACCUCACUAUUGAUUAUGGGAGAAGAGUUCAAGGUAGAUCAGUUCAAAAAAUUGAAAUGUUGCUAUCAUACAAUUUUGUAAUUUCCAUAGAAAAUAGUAGAUGUGAUGAUUAUGUUACAGAGAAGCUUUGGGAGGCAUUAUCGUAUGGUACAAUUCCAAUUUAUUUAGGUGCUCCAAAUAUUAGAGAUUGGUUACCACAUCCAGAUGCUAUCAUUCAUAUCGCCGAUUUCCCAUCAGUGUUUGAUUUGGUUAAAUAUAUUGACCAAGUCUCAAAGAAUGAAACAUUAAGAUUAAAACACUUGCAAUGGAUUUCAAAACCAUAUCCAGAUCGUUUUAAAAAAUUAUUAGAUGAAUCAAAUGAAAAUUUGGAUUUGUUUUGCAACAUCUGUAAAAGAGUUGUUGACAUUUCAAAAAAUGAAACUUUAACUUAUCAACCAUUACAAGAACCAUUUAAAUCUUGUAUAAAAGAGAAAUUCAAGUUACCUUUAUAUCCAAAAGGUUAUAUCCCUCCAAAACCUACAUCUUUAUUAGAUUCAAACUCAAUAGAAUUAACAAGUUUACAAAAUAUUAUUAAUUCAAAAAAAGAUGAAGAAGAUGAUGAUGAGGAUGAACAUAAUUCAAUAGAUUUAAUUAAAGAAAAUUUAAUCAAUAGUAUAGAAUCAAGUAUUAAAUAUUUUAAUAACAAUUCAGAAAAACUAAAUAAAAUUAAAUAA